AUGGAUCAAAUUGAAACUCUUAAAAAAAACUUAAAUACAGAAAAAGUAUUUAAUCAUUUGAACUGGCAUGAGCUCAUAUUAGACAGAUCAUCGGAUGAAUCCCAUUAUGAAAAAUUAGAAAGUUAUAAAAAUUGUAAUGAUUUAUUUUCUUAUGCAAAUGAAAAUAAUGAAGGUAAUUAUAUAAAGAAAAAUAAGGAAUUGAAAAAAAAAAAGAAAUUGAAAAAUAAAUUAAAUAAAAAAAAUUAUAAUCAUAGUUCUAAAGAUAAUUGUACAAAAAAAAAUAAGGAAAUUGAAGAAAAAAGUGAGAUAGCUGAAAAAGAUACAAAUAAUAGAUAUAAGUGCUAUUUCUUUCAAAAUAGUUCUCUUUUUUCAUAUGUAUCAAAUAUAUUUUCUAAAGAAAAAAAAAAAAAUGAAGUAAAAAAGUGUAAUUUUAUAAAAGAAGUGAAAGCAGACUUAACAAAUAAAAUAGACUUUGUGCCUCCAGUAGAUAUUUUAUAUGAUAAUGAAAAGGUAUUAUUCCUAUUUUUUAUAUCAGGUGAUUUGGAAAAUUUUAAUGUUUUUACAGAAGAUAAUUAUAUUACCAUAUCUGGAAAAAAGGUUCCUUAUGAAGUACACAGGUAUAAUAAUUAUUUAUCUCAUGAAAUAACAACAGGAUAUUUUAGAAGGACAUACCUUUUUAUGAAACCAAUAGAUGAAGAAAAAAUUCAUUAUGAGCAUAAAAAUGGUGUUAUACAAAUAUAUGUUUAUAUUUCUAAUGAUAAUGUUUUAUGA